AUGGAAAUCGAAAUUUCAGAAGACGAACUUUCCGAUCCAUAUGCCACCGAUGAAGAAAGUGAUUACAUACCUGAAAGUGAUACUCCGAAUGAUGAUGUAGAUGGACCUGAUAGUGAUAAGUCCAGUGAUGAUGUGGAUGGACCUAAUGAUGCUGCUCCAAAAAUAAAAUUGAAAACCAGAAAAAGGAAGCGCAAUGAAACUGCCUGGAAAAUCAACCAAGAGAAGCUGCUGAGAAAUUCAGGAAAAGCAUACAUUGGCCGUAAGAAUGAGCCACAUACCCAGCGUAGUGUUAAGCCUUAUGAACAUACUUGCAGAUACAAGUGUAGCCAAAGUAUUUCCGCAGAAGAAAGGAGAGAAAUAUUUCAAAGGUUUUAUGCUUUGGCCAACUACGAUCUUCAAAAUUCUUUUGUUUCUUCUUGCAUAAAGAAAAAAGGCGUUCAGAGAAAGACAAAUAACGCUACUACUAACAAACAGUUUAGUACAGAAAUAUUUCUUCUUAAUAAGCGAGUCUAUGAAACUAAGAUCAAGGAGGCACAAAUAAAACAGGAAGUCCAUCAUAAAAAAGCAGAGAAGGCACUGGCCACUAAAAAGUCAGAUGUUCUAGAUAAUAAAGAUUCUGCUGAUACAUGUGUGAUAUGCUUUGAUCUUCAGCAAGCUCUACCUACCCCACUCAUUGCAACAUCGAAAGUAUUUUACCUCAGGCAACUAUGGACCUAUAAUUUCUGCAUUCAUAAUCUGGUAACCGGCAAAUCGCACAUGUAUAUAUGGAACGAGACAGUUGCAUCCAGAGGAUCACAAGAAAUUGGCUCAUGUUUGAUUCAUUUCAUUAAUGAAGUUUUACCUGAUAAUAUGACUAGGAUAAUAGCUUAUAAAAUUCAUCACAAAUUUUUGGAGCCAGGUCACACGUUUAUGGAGUGUGACCAGGAUUUUGGUAUUAUUGAGAAAGUUAAACGGAAAAUUCCGCAAAUUUUUAUCCCAGAACACUGGAGGACCGUGAUUCAAGAAUCCUCUAAGAAGUUUACUGUCCAUGAGAUGAAAAGGGAAAACUUUUAUAGUUUCGCUCAAUUGAACCAGAUCAUAAGUGACCCUAAAAAAAAUACUGAUAACCAUGUUAUCAAAUGGAGGGAAAUUCAGUACUUCUUUUAUUCAAAAGCAGCACAGUCAUUUUCGUUUCAGCAUAAACCAACAUUGGAUAAAAUAAUGCCUUUUUAUACAUGCAUGUGCCCCUACAAAACAACAGGAAGGCCAAGUUUAAGCUUUCAAAAUGCAUUUUCCGUGCUGAACGAAUGUGGUUUAAAAAUAAAAGAAGCGAAAUGGAAGAACUUACAAUCCUUACUUGAUUUUAUUCCCCCAAUAUACCACGAGUUUUAUAACAAUAUUCAAUAUGAAGGAAAAGGCAACGCUAAAAAUUUAGGAAAAAAAAGUAGUUCAACUAGUAAGCAGGCUAUUGGAAAAGGUAAAAAUAAAAAAUCAGCAAAGAAACCAAAAGUACAGUCACCAGAGGAAACUGAAGAAGAAGAGGAUGACGAUGUUCCCGAAGAUAGCGACUUUUUAUAUUCAGAUGAUGAAUAG